AUGAAUAAAGACGUCUCAGAAUGGGCACGUAAUUGCCUAGCUUGUCAACGCAGCAAGACACAAAAACAAACCAGAAAAGAUAGCCGUUCCAGAAGAAAGAUUCGAACAUAUCCACGCCGAUUUAGUCGGACCACUUCGACCCUCAAGAGGAUUUCAGUACUGUCUAAAAUUAUAGAUCGUUCUUCGAGAUGGCCAGAGGCCAUUCCAAUUCCAGUUGUGACUGCGGAUACUGUUGCCACUGCAUUAUUCAAUCACUGGAUAACACGCUUUGGAGCACCUUCAACAAUAACAACCGACCAAGGAGCUCAAUUUGAGUCACAGGUAUUUAACGCUCUAAUGAAAUUGACCGGUUGUUCCAGAAUUCGCACCACCGCUUAUCACCCUGCAGCAAAUGGAUUAAUUGAAAGAUGGCACCGAUCACUAAAGGCUGCCAUUACCUGCCACAACAGCACAAAUUGGGUAGAUGUUUUACAACAGUGCUUUUUGGACUUCGGGUCAGCUACAAGGAAGACAUAA